AUGGCCGAGCCAGAGGGGAAGACUAGCCUCGUGAUUAGGAGGGCCUUGCAAGCACGUGUGGAAGAGGAUGCUGCCCCCCAACGCCAACACAUUUUCAUCACCCGUUGUAGAAUUGGUGACGAGGUAUGUGAUUUGAUUAUUGAUGGAGGGAGUGAGGCUAAUACCGUGUCUAAGACCUUAGUAUCUAAACUUGGUCUAACUACUACUAAUCAUCCACAACCUUACAAGUUGAGUUGGUUAGAUUCAAAUGCUAGCACCGGGGUUAGGAAGCAAUGCAUGGUUUCUUUUUGUGUUGGUUCAUAUUGUGAUUCUAUAUUAUGUGAUGUUGUGUCUAUGGAUGCUUGUCAUAUUCUACUUGGUAGGCCUUGGCAAACUGAUAAAAAAUCUAUACAUGAUGGGUAUCACAAUACGUAUACCAUAGUCCACGAAGGGAGGAAGAAAAAACUACACCCUUUACCACCCCCACGGUUUUCACCAUCACAAACCCCACAAAAAGAAGUAUCCUUGUUGUCUCUUAAAGAGUUUGAGAGGGAGUUGGAAGGUGAGGGAGAGUUGUUCAUGCUAUACUCCAAGGAAACCCACGAAAAAUUUGUUGCUCAUAAUCCUAGGUUAGCCCAAUUGAUUAAGGAUUUUGAGGACGUUUUUCCGGAUGAAUUACCUAAAGGACUACCACCCAUACGAGGAAUUGAGCAUCAAAUUGAUCUCAUUCCCGGAGCACCCUUGCCAAAUAAACCAGCCUAUAGAUGUAACCCUUUAGAAACUAAGGAGUUACAACGACAAAUUGAAGAGCUAAUGGGUAUGGGUUAUGUACGUGAGUCCAUGAGUCCAUGUGCCGUUCCUGCUUUGUUGGUCCCUAAGAAAGAUGGUACUUGGAGAAUGUGUAUUGAUAGUAGAGCCGUUAAUAACAUUACCAUCAAGUACAGGUUUCCAAUUCCAAGGCUUGAUGACAUGCUUGAUGAGUUGAGUGGUUCCAAG